AUGGCCAACCUCAACGACUACGAUCUUGAGGCGCUUGACGCCAAAAUGCAGGCUUUGAUUGGUGUCUUCGAAUCCCUCCGGAAAACUAACCUCCUACUCCCAACCCCACCAUCUUCUUCACCUAUGACUUCGGCCGCAACACCCACAAAUCAGCUGACGGCCAACGACAGGUCCGAGUACGUAGCCGGCGACACCGCCGCCGGAGAAGCAGUGAAUGAAAUCAUCGGCCGAAACUCCUUCGCCAGCAUGCUUGUCAGAGCUGAAAGAGGUAAACUGACGGCUAUGAUUGGCGGCCCGGUCGACAUUGGUCCAGAUAUUCGGAACAAGGCCAAGGAAUUGUAA